CGUGCGACUUGCUGGUCAUGUGAUCAAAAUCUUAAAAUACUCUGCUUUCUCCCCUGCACAUUACCCGCCCCAAUUGUCUCCUUCUGUCGUUGCCUGCUUUGCUUCCCUCGUUCUUCUUGCUCAAUGUCGGCUACCUCCGACUUCUGUCCCUCCGAAAAGCUUUCUCUUUUAGUUUACCCUCCUUCUUAACGUGUUGCGUUCGCGUUUUCUCCGGGGAAAAAGCCUUCAUCAAUCGCCAUCAUCACAGUUAAUUAGUUCCAUACACUUCCUUACAGGAAAUAGGGGAAACAGAAGAGUUUUAGUUUCUACCGUUAGUGCUUCAACAGGAAGAAGAAACGGUCCCAAUCAAAAUCUCAGCCCUACGGAGUUCCAGAUGCUGCGAUUUCACUCGGGAUUCGGCUUCGCUUUUGUGGUUUCCGAUGUGGGUUCAGAUUUAAUUUCGAAGACCGAGCGUUAUUUCCAGUAUCUGUUUGCAUCUGAAGAGAGUUAGCACUCAGCACGAACCAAGGGUAACUGGGUAAGUGUGGGAAGAAGAGAAGUGGCAAGGCUUUUGCUGGAGAUUCUGGAUUUGACAGAGAUGUCGAUUAUGCACCAUGUGGGCAUCGUCCUGUUUCUCCUCUGGGCGCUCUCUUGCUUCGGUUGGACUCACCCGAUCGCAUACUUCGUUUCUUUGAUUUAUCUGUUUCUGGUUCACGAGAGAUAUAUAAGGAAAUUGAGGACGAAUCUGCAGUAUGAAGAAUCGAAACAAGCUAAUCGGAAAAGGGUGCUAUCUGAUUCUGAAACAGUGAGGUGGCUGAACCAUGCGGUGGAGAAGAUAUGGCCUAUAUGCAUGGAAGAGAUCACUUCACAGAAGAUUCUUCUCCCUAUCAUUCCUUGGUUCUUGGAGAAGUACAAACCAUGGACUGCUAAAAAGGCCGUCGUGCAGCAUUUAUACAUGGGGAGAAACCCGCCAAUGUUCACCGAAGUGAGGGUUCUUCGCCAAUGUACUGGUGAUGACCACUUGGCAUUGGAGAUGGGAAUGAGGUUUUGUACAGCUGAUGAUAUGCUUGCAGUUCUUGCUGUAAAAUUAAGGAGAAGGCUGGGAUUUGGGAUGUGGACAAAAUUGCAUAUAACCGGCAUGCAAGUGGAGGGGAAGGUGUUGAUUGGAAUAAAAUUUCUACGUCGCUGGCCUUUCAUUGGACGUUUACGAGUAUGCUUUGCUGAGCCACCCUAUUUCCAAAUGACGGUGAAGCCCAUCUUUACCCAUGGGGUUGAUGUUACAGUGCUUCCUGGGAUUGCAGGGUGGCUAGACAAGCUUCUGUCGAUGGCAUUUGAGCAGACCCUGGUUCAGCCCAAUAUGCUAGUUGCUGACAUGGAGAAAUUUGUUUCACCUUGUCAAGAAACUUGGUUCUCUGUUGAUGAGAAGAAGCCUAUCGCUUUUACAAAAGUUGAAGUUAUUGAAGCAUCCGACAUGAAACCAUCAGACUUAAAUGGUCUAGCUGAUCCGUACGUGAAAGGACAAGUUGGUCCCUAUGGAUUCAGGACAAAGAUCCAAAGGAAAACUCUGGCUCCCAAAUGGCUCGAGGAAUUUGAAAUCCCCAUUAUUACUUGGGAGUCACAGAAUGUUCUAGCAAUUGAAGUUCGUGAUAAAGACCACUUUAUUGACGAUGCCCUCGGGAAGUGCACCGUUAAUAUUAAUGACAUGAGAGAUGGUGAAAGACACGACAUGUGGUUGCCCCUUCAGGACAUCAAAAUGGGUCGACUGCAUCUCGCCUUAACUGUGCGAGAGGAAAAGAAGGAUGCCACCUGUUCCAUAGAAGGAGAAGAAGCGAUGAACAAGCGAGAAGCACAUGAAUCUUUUGCCAACGACGCUACUAAUCGAUCUUCAUUCUCAUCUUUGGCGUUGGAAUCCCAAAAGGUAUCUGACAACUUCGAGCCAAUCAACGUGGAGGGACAAAAAGAGACCGGGGUAUGGAUCCAUCACCCCGGCUCUGAAGUGUCACAGACUUGGGAGCCAAGAAAAGGAAAAAGUCGGAAAAAAGUCGAGUACACUCAGAGCAGCAAAUCCUUGGGCGACUCAUUCGGGAGCAGUAUUUCAUCCGGAGUACAGUGCAUCGACAGCAGUAGCACCGAUGAAGCUGAUGUCGACGGUAAAAAGCCAGGAAACAAAGUUCGCCGAGGUCUACGUAGGAUCACAGCUGCAUUACGUGGGACUCCAAAAGUGGAAAGUUAUCAUCUAGGCGGCAACAAUAAUGAGGAAGCUGUUCAGUCUCCUUACGCCAACAUUCGAGCAGCAAAUCAGAAGGAAGGUGGGGUGAAGUUUGUUGUGGAGGAUAGCCUCUCCGGACAGAUACCUAAUAAGCAACCAAACUCGAGUCCGGACUCAACUUGUAGUCCGAGGAAGGGCGGUAAGAGGGAGAAGACGAAGUGCAUUUUGAAACAGAUGGAGAAGUCGGCUAGGAGCUUGAAGCAUGUGCUGUCUAGAAAAGGAUCCAGAGCAUCUCGAGGAGAUGGUGGAGCGGAGUUAGGGGUGGAGCUAGCAAUGGAUGCUGAGUUGGACACUUCGGACGAAGAUGAAGAGGAUGAAUCUCAACCUGCUGUUGCUCAGCCAGUUAUUGUUGGCAAUCCCAUCACGUCGUGCUAUGGGAGCAAUGAGGAUUCGGACAAUGGGAAGGCGAAGGAGAAGAGUGUUGAAACCGGAGAGAGUGAGGAUUUGGCAAAGAAUGAAGAGCCAGGUGAUCAUGUGAAUGGGAAUGGUGAAGGCACAGAAAGGAAGGUGAAUAGGGAAGUGGGUAGCUCGGAAGCAGACUACAAGGUACAAGAGGGGGAGACAUUGAAGCCUGCUACUGAUCAAGCGGGAGUUGAGAAGAAGAACGUGGAGGAAGAGAAGGUCAGGCAAACAUAGAAUACUACAUGUUAAAAAGGAAGAGAUUUUGGGUUUCAGUAGUGAUGGUUGUAUGAAUGUAUAUAUAUGUAGAUCAACGCUGUGGUUUGCGUGCAAAUAUGAUGUAAAUUCAUCCUCGGGAAACAUGUUUCGUUGUUUACCAUGUUUUGUUUUGGGAUCGUAUGGAUUGCAGAUAGAGUCGAACAAAGGGCGAGGGCGCUUCUUUCUAGCGCACCUUACCUUAUAGGUGUUGGAUUUUGAGUAAUUGUUGACUAGCUUUCGACCCUGCCCGUUGGGCAGGUAGCUCUAUACUAAUUAUUUUGACUUUGAUUUAUUAUUUUAGUUUAAGACUAUAUUUGACUAUAUGGGUUGUAGAGACCAAUUUAGGAGUAAGUAGUAGUAUAGAAUUAGCCUAUACUUUGAAUCAUCACUUUGAUAAAGUCAUCAAACAAUGUGUUAAAGCCUUAAAGGUUAAAAAAUUAGGUAGAAUAUUACAUUUUUUGAUGGAGAGGUAGACUAUUUCCUUCUAUCAAAUUUUCAACAUUAUUAAAGCUUUAGCUUUUGAUGCAAAAUAUAAAGGCCACAAAUCAAGCAAUUGUAGGUGAAAGCAUUUGGUGAUAUUUUCUAACCCGUCAACUCUAGAAAAGAAUCUAGCAACAUUAGUACAUUAGAGCAACAAACCAACACCUUCCAUUUUUCCAAACAACUUAAUUAAAAUGUGCAUAAGUUUUACUCAUGUUAUACAUUCCAUUUACAAUGAAUUUAAUUAUGGCAUCCGAUUUAUAUUCUAAAGUCACUAUUUUAUUGAACAACUUCAAAGUCACAAUCAAGGGUAUUUGUCAAAUUGACGUCACCUAAUGUAAAUGACAGUUUAGGGUUGCCAGUAGUAGAUGACAAAGAAGAUGCUUGAGUUGGAGUCAAAACUUGUAGCGCUAGAAUAAUCUGCACAAUGAUAUAUGAAACGAAUCAUCUAGUGUGAAUUUAUUUAACACAAAGCAUACACAAAAUGAACAUAAUACCAUUCUAGCAAGGCUGAUACAAACUUUGGCAUGAUGUGAGGAUUGGAUAGUGCAACUGUGCAAGGGAUCGUUUUUCCCCUGUCCAUUACCGAUCUAACGGUGUUAGGCGAGGAAGUGGGAGUUAGCCGUCAAAGAAGGAGGGCAGAUUGUAGAAUCUGUUAGAAACCUAACAAAAAAUUUAGGGUUGUCGAUCUGGUUGAGUCGCGGACUACUGGAUAAUUAAUUCAAUAUAGUUUCAAAACUAUUCAUUCUCGACAGAAUCAAUGUAGGAGGACACAUCUUUGCUGCUAAAUGUGGAAAGAGUUUCCUCACGGUUCUUCUUACCUUCUCACCAAAGAUCCCUUUAAAGAUGCACGAACGAAAACAAAUAAAUAAUCCAAUGACAACAACGAAACCCAAGCAAAGCAAUGAAUAAUCCAAUUCCCUUUAAGCAAAACAACAAAUAAGUCAAUGGCAACAGAGAAUCCCGAUUAAAGCCCACGAAAGACAUUGCAAUCAAAAACCUGUAAGCAAUGACAACCAAAAGAGAGACGGCCAGCGGGUAGUCAUGCGGACCAGAGCGGCGAUGAGUUUGGCAAAAGAGCACCAGCCGGGCGGCAAAGUUGAGAGCGGGCGACGGGGCAAGCGGCUGCGGUGGCAGGAAGCAGAUUACAAUUAUGGAUUCUGGCAGAUGGAGGACAGAAAGCGGCGAAAUAGUUCAGGGGUGAAGCGACAGUUUUUGUGCAGAACGGGUUUCUUAGAAUUUCUCAGGGGCUUAAUAUAUGGUAAGACCUGUAGAUUAGUUACAACGGAAGGGGAUUCAGAUGAGAGGAGAGUUAAAGUGAUGACGUGGAAGCAUGUAUAGCAAUAAAAUUUGAAUUCCAAC